AUGGCAGUUUACCUGGUCUCUGUGCGGCUCCCGACUGGGGAUGGCGUCUACCAGGGGGUGACCCUAGAGCCCUAUGUGCUGGUCAAGCGAGGCGAGGCUACACUCAAUGCGGAGGACCUGCCGGAGGAGGGUGCUCCGGAGGGACAAUUUCAGCUGCGACAUCGGUGGUAUCGCAGCACGGUGCCUCGUGGCGGGGCUGUCUGCAGCGUGCACCCCGACAAGGAAGCCGUUUUGCAGUGCGUAAUAUGCCUCAAGUGCCGGGUGCCAACCCACUUGAGCUAUCACUGCACUGUGGAAUGCUUCAAAAGCCAUUGGCAUCUGCACAAAGAGUACCACAAACAGCAGCCUGCGAAUGGAGGCGCGCUGGAAAACGGAGUUGAUGGGGCAGCCAAGGGCGCGCACGGCACCAGCACCAGCGGAUUGGAGAGCUGGAUCGAGGUCGGCCGGAGCCGGUCUUACACGCCUACCUCCGACGACGUGGGUUACGUGCUGAAAUUUGAGGUAUCAGUGAUCGAUAAGCUACACCCAUACGCAGCGGACAUGGGGAGGGCGCACUCGCAGUCGGUGUGCUCUGCGCGCGUGCGGCCAGCCCCCAACCCCCCUGUGCGGUCCAUGGUCCAAAUGGUGCCGCCAUCGCAGCAGUCAAACGUCGGCAGGUUCACCAUCCUGACCUACAACCUUCUUGCCGACCUGUAUGCAAAGGCCGACUGCUCGAACACGUGCCCAGCCUGGUGCUUGCACUGGCAUUACCGGAAACGUAACCUGCUGCGGGAAUUGCUGUCCCACAAGGCGGACAUUCUGUGCCUGCAAGAGGUGCAGAGCGACCACUACCUUGACUUCUGGGCACCCGAGCUGCAGCGUGCCGGGUAUGUGGCUAUCUACAAGAAGAAGACCACGGAGAUUUACACCGAUAACAAAUACGCCAUCGACGGCUGCGCCACCUUUUUCCGCCGCGAUCGAAUAGAUCCUAGCAUAGGCAAAGGGUUGUUACGGUUUUCGCUGGUGAAGAAAUACGAGGUCGAGUUCAACAAAGCGGCCCUAUCGCUGGCGGAGGGAAUGACCAAUCCGCAGCAGAAAAAGGCGGCUCUGAACCGGUUGCUCAAGGACAACGUGGCCCUGAUUGCGGUGCUGGAGGCCAUUGAGCCGGGUACGCCGGAUGCGGGGACGCGCCGCACACUCAUCUGUGUGGCCAACACGCACAUCCACGCCAAUCCGGAACUCAACGACGUCAAGAUCUGGCAGGUACACACGCUGCUGAAGGGCCUGGAGAAGAUCGCUGCCAGCGCGGACAUCCCCAUGCUGGUCGCGGGAGACUUCAACAGCAUACCGGGCAGUCCAGCACACUGCUUGCUGGUGAACGGCAAAAUUGAUGCGAGCAUGAUGGACGCGGCCAACGACCCUCUGCAUCUGCUGAAGGACCAAAAGAUGUCGCACUCGCUCCCCCUGUCGAGCGCCGUGGCGCACAUGUACGAUGCGCCGCUGUCCGCUGACGGCAAGCUGUACAAGCAGCGGCAGCGACUGGACGCGAAGCACCACGAGCCGCUCUUCACCAUCCUGACCAAGGAGUUCAAAGGAACGCUGGACUACAUCUUCUACACCACCAGCAGUCUGCAGGGACGGGUUUCAUGCAGCGGGGACAGCGGCACGUUCAGUGUGAACAGGGCAUUAGUCCUUUUUCCGGGGGCGUGCAUGGCACUGUUCCGGCAUGGCACUAUAGGGGGGCCGUUCCGGCAACAGCAGAGCAGGGCGGCAACGGCGGCCGACGGCGGUGGUCAGUGCGACAACCGGGUCGCUGCGUGCGUAGACUGUGCGUGUGCACGUCUAGGGCCGUGUGCUCUUCUGGGUUGUAUGCUCUUCUGGGUUGUGUGCUCUUCUGGGUGUCGCUGCAAUGAGAGAGGGGAAAAGGGGGGAAAGCUGGACGCGAGCGAUGCCCUUGGUGUUCAAGCCGGCGCUGUAGCACGUACCUGUCUGAAAACAGAAAGGGCCAUCGCAGCGUCGCAACCUCGCGAUGGCGCAGAGCUUCGGCAGAUGAACGACAAGGACGAUCGCAACUCUGGGGUCAAGCUAGUCGAUAUGACCCGUCGCACACUUGUCCUUGCGCCCUUCUGCUGCGCCGCUGCUGCCGCGGCGAUGGUUGGUCCUGCCACAGCCGCUGGCGAAAUGCCUGACCCUUCCAACUCCUGCUUUGAGUGUGACGGAACCGGCAUUGUCCCUUGCGAUAUGUGCGGCGGCACAGGGAAGUGGCGCGCGUUGAGCCGCAAGCGGGCCAAGGACGAGUACGAGUUUGUGGAGUGUCCGCAGUGCUAUGGUCGGGGGGCGCGCAUCUGCGGCCGCUGCUUCGGCACGGGUCUGCGCAACGUCCGCGGUCUCCUCCGCAAGCCCGAGGCCUCCUUGCUGGUGCAGAAGAUGCAGACGGGGGAGCUCAAGCCGGGUGAGGUGCAGGACCUUCUCCGCCAAGCCAAAGAGAACAUGCGCAACGGGGCCGGAGCGGUCUGAGCGGAUAGGAUCGGGCGCGCGCAUCGUCUUACCUGUCAUAUGCUGUUGCGCGUAGUGCAGUGCUGUUGUGUGUGUGUGUUAUGUCCGUGAAAGGGGAUCUGUGCGGUGUUGUGUUGAGUAUUGAGUGAGGGAAUGUUGUUCGUCCAGUACGACAAGGGAGCCGCGUGGGGGUGUUUUCUGGUACAUGUGAGGGCACUGGUAACCUGUGAAAGGGGUCCAGCGGGGUCGAGGGGUGAUAGCUUUGGGGCUGAUAACCUGAGCAGUGGCAUGCCUUCAGAUUGGAAGAGAGAGGCUGGGUGCGGGGGAGACAAAACGCACGUGCGCACAUAGAGCCAGACGUGCGCUGCCGACGUGCGGUGGAAAUGUUCUUGUGGGGACAUGGACCUUUUCCCUUUGCGCGAUAUUCGUGGCAGUACAUCGUCGUAGUGAAUGAUGUGGCUAUGAAGGUUGGCUAGGCUAGGCUGCGGUGGGCUGGGCUGGGUUGAGACAUGAGUUGGGCUGCGUUGUGAGACCGAGCUGAGCUGUUAAGCUAAGCUAGGAAGACCACAUGGCAGCGUCGACCGUUCGUGUCCAUUGUGCACAAUUUUUGGAGGACGAACUGGGAUCGCCUGUUCUUGUUGGUUGGCAAUGAACUGGAGUCUGCUGUGUCUCUUCUCUAUCUUUACAUGUGAUGUUGGGCUGUUUGUUAGCAUCACGUGAUUAACAUACGUCACGUACAGCGUUGCAAUGUGUACAUCUCCUGAAGUACACAUGUCUCGUACGACGAGGCUGCCCUUUGUUUGUACGCACGGUUUUUCCUCCGACGGCAGUUCAAAUUGUUACCUGUUUCAUCAG